AUGCCAAUGAACGAGUUUGUGAUUCCCAUUAGGAAGUAUUCCCAGUAUUCAUUCUGGGAACCUGCCCCUCAGGGCUUUAGCUCUCCAAAAGUACCUGUUAUGAUGGAGAAGUGGCAACACUUUUCAAUGAGAGAGAACCUUCUAUUCAAGAUAGGCAGCAAGGGCGAUGGUCUACUGACGAUUAAAGUGGUGUGGAAUAAUGCACAGGUAUUGGAGGAGGUCAGUGCCCCUUUGCAUUCGGACACGGUGCAGUUUUCCUUCAAGGCGCCGUCGAUAUCGUGCAAAUACCUGUACAAGCAGAGUGGCCAGAUGUUCAUCCGCCGCUUCCAGGUAGGGUUUGUGACGGGACAUGAAUUUCUACAGACGAAGGAAGUGUUAGCGAAACUCGGGUUUGUAAUGCGGACUGCGGUGUCGACACGGCAGAAUUCCAAGGCAGUAUUUGUCCCUCCCGCCGGGCCCGCCUUUGAUCUCAGCAACGCGAGCUUCCAAGGGAUGUACGCGCCGCUGGACGCCUUUGGAUGUGCAACGCAGGCGUCCCAGCAGGCACUUUGGCAAGCAGUCGAGCCGCUUCUUUCGCAGAGUACUCCGUUACCAUCAGCCCGCCCAGAAGGAUUUGGGCUGGCAAGCUUAGAAAACGGGCAGCGGCCGCCUGCGAUGGGACAGAUUUUGAGGGGAUGCGGAGACACACCGCCGAAGGAGUUGUUUCCCUCGACGACGACCCUUGUGAGUGCGAACACGCUGGCAGAUAUUGAUGCAGAGUCGCUCAAGCAGAGGCUACAGGACAAGGAAUUUAUGAGAUGGGUAUGUUCUAAAAUCACGGAUAUUCAGUACGAACCAUAA